ACUAAACCCAUCAGCCACAUCACCAAGUGUGACAAACACAGGACUUAGUGCAAAUACUACUAUCGGAUCAAACGAUACGGCCAAGCCCGUCAGCACAACGGCAAGUGUUGUAAACACAGGACCUGGUACAAACACUACUGCGGGUCCAGGAUCAAACGAAACUACCAAACCCGUCAGCACAACGGCAGGUGGUGUAAACACAGGAUCUGGCAGUCAAGGAUCGAACGAUACGACUAAACCCAUCAGCACACCAUCAGGUGGUUUAAAUACAGGACCUGGUGCAAACAGUACACUGAAUAAUAGGCUACCUAUACUUUAUUCAGAGCUUAAAAGCCUUCAGGAAUUAUAUGUGUCUUUGAAUGAUCUUUAUCUUGCUUUGAUAGAUUUGCAAGAGGCCUUGAACCCUCUCAAUACUACAGUUCAUAGUAUACAGAAGAGGGAUGUCUUGUCACUGAGAGUAGAUGUAUCUGUUAUUUCCGCUGCAACAUCUAUUUUGCAAAAUACCUUAUCAGGAAUUAAAAUGGGUGAUAUUGAUUCUAUUAAUGCUGCAACAAGAGCUAUUAGAAAACUAAUAGCAGAGCUGAAGACACUGCAAUUAGAUAUUGAAAGUGGAACAGUUCCUGUAACUAAUGAACUGAAGGACGCCAUUAGUGCACUUAGUAACUCUUUAGAAGAUGUUGUUAUAGCCUCAACGGAAGCAAUAUCUGAAACUGACGCAGAAAUUCAGAAUGUUGAGAAUCAAAUAAUUGCUAAUGGUGGAACUACUCUAGCAGCAGAUGAAACAACAUUACCUCUUGAAACUCCAUCUGCAGACUCAACAAGUUCAGCCUCUUCUGAUACUACAAAAACGUCUACAACAGGAUCUGCAGAUUCUUCUGGAAGUAGUGCAGGCUCUGGAACAACAAUCACUUCAUCUACUGGAGCCACAAGUUCGGCAGCAACAGCUCCUACAACAUCUGCAGUUUCUGGGACAAGUGGUGGUAUGUCAUCUGGAGAGAGUACAACCACUGUGGCUACUACAAGUGGAGGAAGUUCAACAUCUGCUUCUUCUGCAUCUAGUGGAGGAAGUUCAACAACUGUUUCUUCUGCAUCUAGUGGAGGAAGUUCAACAACUGCUUCUUCUGCGUCUAGUGGAGGAAGUCCAACAACUGCAACUUCUGCAACUAGUGAAGGAAGUUCAACAACUGCUUCUUCUGCAUCUAGUGGAAGUACAACAUCUGCUUCUUCUACAGUUAGUGGAAUUCCAUCAGGUUCUUCUACAUCUGGAUCCUCUACAACUAGUGGAAGUAUAGUAUCUGGAUCUUCCACAGUCAAUGGGAGUACAUCAGGUUCUUCUACAUCUAGAGGGAGUACAAUGUCUGGUUCUUCUACAAUCAGCGGGAGUUCAACAUCUGGUUCUUCUACAACUAGUGGCAGCACAGCAUCAGGCUCUUCUACAGCCAGUGGGAGUACAAUGUCUGGUUCUUCUACAUCCAAUGGAAGUACAACAUCUGGCGCAUCUACAAUCAGUGGGAGUUCAACAUCUGGUUCUGCUACAACUACUGGAAGCACAACAUCAGGCUCUUCUACAACCACUGGGAGUACAAUGUUUGGUUCUUCUACCUCUAAUGGAAGUUCAAUAUCUGGCUCUCCUACAAUCAGUGGGAAUUCAACAUCUGGUUCUUCUACAACUAGCGGAAGCACAGCAUCAGGCUCUUCUACAGCCAGUGGGAGUACAAUGUCUAGUUCUUCUACUUCCAAUGGAAGUACAAUAUCUGGCUCUUCUACAAUCAGUGGGAGUUCAACAUCUGGUUCUUCUACAACUAGCGGAAGCACAGCAUCAGGCUCUUCUACAACCAGUGGCAGUACAGCAAGUUCAACUGCUACAACUGGGAGUAGUGCAUCUUCAACUUCUACUACUUUGGCUGGAAGCAACGCAUCAUCUAUCUCUACUACAGCUGAUAGCAGUACAUCUUCUGCUUCUACUACAGCUGCAGGUAGUACAUCAUCUACUUCUACUACAGUUGGGAGCAGUACAUCAUCUACUUCUUCAACAACUGGGAGCAGUACAUCAUCUAUUUCUAGUACAACUGGGAGCAGUACAUCAUCUGCUCCUUCAACAACUGGGAGCAGUACAUCUGCUUCUACUAUGACUGGGAGCAGUACAUCAUCUACUUCUUCAACAUCUGGGAGCAGUACAUCUUCUGCUUCUACAACAACUGGGAGCAGUACUUCCUCUGCUUCUACUACGACUGAGAGCAGUACAUCAUCUACUUCUUCAACAACCGGUAGCAGUACAUCUUCUGCUUCUACAACAACUGGGAGCAGUACAUCCUCGGUUUCAACUACAACUGGGAGCAGUACAUCAUCUACACCUUCAACAACUGGGAGCAGUACAUCUUCUGUUUCUACUACAACUGGGAGCAGUACAUCAUCUACACCUUCAACAACUGGGAGCAGUACAUCUUCUGUUUCUGCUACAACUGGGAGCAGUACAUCAUCUACUUCUUCAACAACUGGGAGCAGUACAUCUUCUACUUCAACUGGGAGCAGUACAUCUACUUCAACUGGGAGCAGUACAUCUUCUACUUCAACUGGGAGCAGUACAUCUACAUCUACUACGACUGGGAGCAGUACAUCAUCUACUUCUUCAACAACUGGGAGCAGUACAUCAACUACUUCUACUACGACUGGGAGCAGUACAUCAUCUACUUCUACAACUGGUAGCAGUACAUCAUCUACUUCCACUUCAACUGGGAGCAGUGCAUCAUCUACUUCUUCAACAACUGGGAGCAGUACAUCAUCUACUUCUACUUCAACUGGAAGCAGUACAUCUACAUCUACUACGACUGGGAGCAGUACAUCAUCCACUUCUACAACUUCAAAUAGGCCAUGAUCUACUACUAUUACAAGUAGUACAUCUAUCACUUCUUCACCACUCUAUUUCAUCUGCAAUUACAACAACAUUUAAUACCCUUGCAACUAAGACACCACAAUACCUCUGCCAUUAGGCAUUAACUAUAACCGUGCACAACUCAUUGAAAACAUUGACUAUAUCUGUUCGACCAAAUCUUGAUUUGCCUCUUCUUAUGCAGAAUGGAGUUUAUGAAGAAACUGAAAUCGUACAAAAUGCCACUAUCCAGAUAACAGCUUGUCUUCUACAUUUUUUGGGAAAUGAGAUUUUCAUCUUGUGUGGUUUGCUCUACCUUAAUGAUAUUAGUCCUCAUAUUUUGUAUUCUUAUUUUGAAUUUUCUAUUUUCCGUGUUCAGAACUGUUAGUAAAGAAAAUAAUUUGAAUCUGGCUUUCUUGAAUAUAUUCUUGAUGCAGUAUAAUGUUUGGUUUUCAUAUCAAAUUAUAUUGUUUUAUGUGUGGGGCAUUAAAUAUGUGAACUUCA